AUGUCAAAUAAACAAAUUAUUGGACCAUUUUUUUUCGAUGAUGAAACAGUUACUCAGGAUAAUUAUCUUGAAAUGCUUCAGAAUUACUUUUAUCCAAUUUUACAAAAGAAAAGGUUAACAAAGUCCAUCAUUUUUCAACAAGAUGGAGCACCUGCACAUUUUUCGAAAAUGAUCCGUUCCUGGCUUAACAAAGUCUUCGAUGGCAGGUGGACUGGAAGAGAUGAACCAAUAUCAUGGGCUCCUCGAUCACCAGAUUUAACACCAGUGGACUUCUAUCUAUGGGGACCUCUUAAAACAAAUGUCUACAAAACACCAGUACAAGAUUUAGAUGAUUUUAAAACUAGAAUAGCGAAAGAAAUCGAAAUAAUAAAAAAAGAAACUUUACAAGAUGUUUUUUCAGAAACUGUAAAACGUCUAAAUUUUUGUAUUGAAGUUAAAGAAAUAAAAGAUUAUUUUAUUAAACAAAUUAUUGAAAAUAUUUAUACAACUGAUUCAUUUUCUGAUGAAGGUAUUCGAAUGAUAUUUCUUAAUGCAUUAAAAGAAAUAAUAAAACAAGAAGAUAAAUUAUUACGACAACCAUUUAAUGCUAUGUGUAGAAUAUUAAAUUUAAAUUAUAUUUUUCAUCAACUUGAUAAAGAAAUAAUUCAAACACUUUUAAGAAAACGUUUUGCUCUUAUGUGCAUUGAAAAUCAAUGUUCGAAAACAAAACAUGGUCCAGAACAUUUAAUUAUUGUUAAACAACAAUUAUAUGAUAUUCUUUUUGAUACAUUAUGUGGUAUUCCUCGUCAAAAUUCAUUCAAACAAAUUGAUAUUAAUAACAAACAGUUACAAGAAUUUUUAAGCAAAUCUUACGAUACGGCUAUGAAUGCUAUUGAUAAACUUGCUGAAAAUAUAGGUACUAAUCGUUUAACAAUACUUCCUAAGGAGGUUGUAUCAUUUAUUUUAUAUCUUUUAACAACUGUACUUAUACAUGAUCGACCUAUGAAAUUAUAUACUGAUUUUGCUUUAAAAUAUCGACCACUUCGUGACAAUAUGCAAAUUGAAUGGUCCAAAUUUGAAAAGAAAGUAAAUGAAGAUGUAUUUGGUCAUUAUCAUACUAUGUCUUUAUCAGUUAUACCUGGAUAUACAAUUAAUCUCGGACGAUUUUCUUGUCCAAGUAAAUUAUUUUUCAAUACUGAACCAUUAUGGAGACAAGAUAUUGAAAAUAAACGCAUCAAUAUAACAACAUUGAUGAAUGAAAUAAAAGUUAAUCUUGACAAUAAACUCAAAGAAUAUUAUGGAAAUGCUAUACCAAAUACGUCAAGUGCGCACUGCCUUUUACAUAACACUGUUGCUACUGUUCUUGAAAAUAAAUACGCUAAUGACGAAUUAAUGAAUGAACAAAUGAUUAUGGAUUGUAUGAUUCAUAUUGGUCAAACUGCAGGAAGAAAAGGAAAUAUUUAUGCUGAUUACAUUUUUCCAUAUGUUGUUUUAAUAAUUGAACAUUAUUUGAAAUUUCGUAAAAUAACAAAAAAUAUGACGAAACCUAAUGAUGAAGAGUUAUCACGUUCAUAUCAAUAUAAAAUUAUAACAGAAUUAGUUGCUAGUGGAAUGGAAUAUGAUGAAAGUACAAAUGAAGUUUUAUUUGAAUCAUCAAAACUAAAAAUUCCACAUAUGAUUACACUAGACAAUAGUAAAAUUGAUUUCGAUAACUUAAAAAAACGUGUGCAAGAACUUUAUAUUGUUUCAAGGAAAAGUUCAAAUAAUAAUAUGAGUCAAACAUGUUUGAAUAUUGAAAUACAAGAUUUUAUUGAAUUUGGCUAUAAAGUGAAUGCUGAUGAUCUUUUACCAAAAUGGACACAAGAACAACAGAAUAUUGUGUCAUCAAUAAUAACUGAUAUUGAUCAAAUCGAACAACCAAUAAAAUAUGUAGCUGGUUUAGAUAUAAGUUUUGUGAAAACAAAUGAUAAAGCUGUUGCAUCUAUGGUCAUUUUUAAUUAUGAAACAUUAAACAUCGUUGCUAAAAUCAGUGUUAAUUGUAAUAUGAAAAUUCCAUAUAUAGCUAGUUAUUUAGCAUUUCGUGAAGCUCCAGUUUUUAUGAAAUUAAUUGAUAUUCAAAAAGAACAUUGUCCUCAUUUAACACCACAAGUUAUUUUAAUGGAUGGAAAUGGUGUUUGGCAUCCUCGUCGUGCUGGUAUUGCUUCACAUUUCUCUCGUGUAAUACCAUCAGCAUAA